AUGGAUAUCGAGCAGUUCAGGAAAGCUGGCUACCAAGCUAUAGACAGAAUCUGUGAUUACUACUAUACGCUGCAGGACAAAUCCGUCGUCUCCAGCGUAAAGCCUGGCUACCUUCGUGAUAGCUUGCCAGUGGAGGCUCCUGAAGCAGGGGAAGACUUUCAGAAAAUUGCGGACGACUAUCAGAAAUUCAUUAUCCCGGGCUUAACACACUGGCAGCACCCGUCUUUCUUUGCGUUCUUCCCCACAGGAUGUACCUUCGAGGGCAUGCUCGCAGAUCUCUAUGCCUCCAGCACAAUGAACCCCGGAUUCAACUGGGCCUGUAGCCCAGCAUGCACUGAAUUAGAAGCAGUGAUGAUGGAUUGGGCCGCUAAGCUUCUAGGUCUGAGCCCAGAAUUCCUGAAUACGUCUGGCAUAGGCGGAGGGAGCAUGCAGAGUACGGCAUCAGAUUCUGCUUUGAUCGCUGUCGUUGCCGCACGGUCCCUCUAUCAGCGACGGCAUCCCUCUGUCACACAGUCCUCCCUCGUUAUCUAUACUACGACCCAAACACAUUCACUGGGUCUGAAAGCAGGGUUAAUCCUCGGUUUAUCCGUCCGUGCGCUCGAAGUCACUUGGGAGGAUAAAUUCUCCUUGCGAGGGGAGACCCUACGAAAGGCGUUGGAAGGAGACGAGAGGGAGGGCAAAAAGCCCUUCAUCCUGCUUGCCACCGUUGGAACAACCUCGUCUGGAGCGAUCGAUAAUGUAUCGGAGAUAGGGGCAGUCACGAAAGAUUACCCGGACCUUUGGGUGCAUGUUGACGCAGCCUGGGCGGGCGUAGCACUUUCAUGUCCAGAGUAUCGCGAAACACUCCACCUGAAUGCGAUCAACGAACACGCGCAUUCCUUCUGCACAAACUUCCACAAAUGGGGACUUACUAACUUCGAUGCUUCUACGUUGUGGGUUAGAGAUCGCAAAUACCUGACAGACGCUCUUGACGUGACACCUCCAUUCUUGCGAUCUGCUGAGGGCGACGCAGGCACCGUCAUUGACUACAGAAACUGGCACCUCGCUCUCGGACGACGAUUCAGGUCCCUCAAACUUUGGUUCGUCCUUCGUAGCUUUGGCGCAGAGGGCUUCCGAGAUUAUAUCCGGCGAACGAUUAACCUAAAUAAUAUCUUUGCGUCGCUCGUAUCCGCCUCUUCGGUGCUCUCCUUGAUGACCGCUCCUUCUCUCGCACUCUCUGUCUUCCGACUGGACCCCAAGAGUGCUUCUCUGAAUAGCACCAAAGCGCUAUCGCCAGAGACUCUCAACGACUUGAACAGAAUAUACUACGCUCGUAUAUCGGCGCGUAAAGAUAUUCUACUCACCCAGACAGUCUUGAACGGCGCGGUAUGCAUUAGGUUCGCCGUGGGCGCUGCUAGGACAGAGGAAGUGCAUAUUAGAAAGGCGUACCAGCUACUCAGCGAGGAAGGGAAGUUGGCGUUGGAGGAGUGGACGAAGGCAGGUCAGAACGGAAAUGUGUAG